ACUCGCUCGAUCCACCUCGAUCCUCCAUCCAUCAACGGGGUCCGUCCCAGCUGGACCCCUUCGUGAACCUCAUUUGACUCUUUCCAUCUCAAUUACCUUCAUAACACCACCUUGGGUUUAUCCUAUAUCUCUCCAACAACACUCAUUUCUCGGAAUCACAACCCGUUGACGGUACCCUUGUCCAACUUGUAUGUCAUCCCAACCAUUGGGGACAGAGCGCAAUCCAUCGCACGAUUGACCAAUCCUUUGUCUCGCCGACGACGGUUAGAGUCGCCCAGAAACCUUCGUUACGAAAAUGAGCUCCUCUAGCUCGAACGUGGGAAAAACUGCCCCUGCACCGUCUAGUUCCACAGCCAUUCAAGCAGCCCCGGCAUCCUCGAGCUUCGAAUCGUCUCGUCGCCCAUCACAGGCCGGCUCCUCGAACCCGCAAUCGAUGCCUCGCAAGUCACAGGGCGCCCGUAAACAACACCGGAGUCAGCGGCGACCUGGACUCGGUGACAGGUCAAAUACUGGCCCAGAUGACGAAGAUGCCAUGGCCGAACUAAGGGCCUUCAGAAAUCCCAACAGCAGGCGGGGCCAAACUUCAAUUACCCAUCUACUCAACUACUCAAUGCCACGCCCGGUACAGGAUCAUCAUGCACAUUCGAGAUCUUAUCGCAGAACUCCAACAUGGGGACCAGGCUCCGGUUAUCAUGCAAGCGACAAGGCUCGAUACGUUCAUGCCAACUACCGAUUCAUCCUCUCACCAGAAGGCACAUACAACAAGCAAGCCACAGAUGCCGACACACACCUUGAUUGGUCUCUUGUCAUGCAAAUCAUUGCUUCAAGCGAGUCGCAGGGUUCAUCAUGCCCCAUCUGUCUUUCAGAGCCUGUGGCGCCUCGCAUGGCAAAAUGCGGUCACAUCUUUUGUCUACCCUGCCUCAUUCGGUUUAUGAACUCAAUUUCGAGUGAAGAUGAAACGAAGGGUCGCGGACCCAGGUGGAAAAAAUGUCCCAUUUGCGAAGAUUCUAUCUAUAUGCAAGAUGUUCGGCCUGUAAGAUUUUAUGCUGGACAAGAAAGUCCUUUUCCCCGGAUUGGUGACGACGUCGUACUGCGGUUAAUGGCACGGAAUGCAAAUUCGACGAUGGCCCUUCCACGAGAGAGUGGUGCCGAGGCGCUGUACGCACAGGAUGACAUUCCUUGGCACUUUGCAGCCAAUGUUUUAGACUACGCUCGCAUGAUGAAAGGUACAGCUGAUUAUAUGACAGCCCAGUUUGACGAGGAGAUUGCUUCGCUGGGUCAACAAGCUAAGGAGGACGAGACCCUUUUCGGACAGACUGAUGAAUGGUCCCAGAAGGCGAUUCGGGCUAUCACAGUCGCGAAAGAGAAACUGGCUGAUCUUCAGGUUGCUGCAAGCCCAGCCACGUCGGCUCAACCCUCUUCGGAUGCCGACUUCUAUUUUUACAGCUCCCCACCUCACCUAUAUCUCUCACCAUUGGAUAUCCGCAUCCUGAAGACCAAGUAUGGCUCUUUUUCCUCGUUUCCUUCCACGCUACUCCCCCGCGUCGAGCAUAUCUCCACUGGCCAUGUGGUUGAUGACACAAUGCGGCGAAGAGCAAAAUAUCUUGGCCAUCUUCCCCGUGGAUGUGUUGUGAAUUUUCUGGAGUGUGAUUGGACCGACAUCGUACCAGAAGAGACACUGGAAUCGUUCGCAGGCGACAUUGAGCGGAGACGGAGACGUAACCGUGACAAAGAGACACAGGAAGAACGGGAGCGUCUGCAAGCAGAGCGGCUUGAAGCCGCGAAUCUGCGUAAGACUACUGGAUAUCAGAGGCUUCCUGAGCCGUUAGAGGAGGAUAUGGCGCCUCGAAUGGACAUGGAGGAUUUCCAACCAUUGAGCGGGCACUCAGGCACCACGCCCCCGGAUCCCCGACCAGGAUUCGAGACAUUAGCUGAAAUGUCGACCAGCCCCUCAACACAAAGGACAGUUUGGGGCACAAGAGCAAUUAAUGGAUCGCCCGAGAUAACAUCUGCACAGCCCUUGAACGCCAAUGACGGGUGGCUCAGAGAUGAGGAUCUGUUUGAUACGACCGAUCUAGCAAUGCAGAUACAGGCUAUUGAAGCCGCGGAGAGUAGUGUUAGUUCAAAUACUGCUGCUGGAGUAGGAGGAAUCAGUAGUAGUGCUGGGGGUAAGAAGAAGAAGAAACAGAAAAUCACACUCAUGAGCACUGGUGGCCGGAGAGGUAACUAGGAUCAUUGUUCUUGCUUUCAAUCUGAACUUGUCUGAGGUCAAUGGGUUCUUAUGGCGUAGCAUAAUGGAUUUGUCUUUUAUCAUUCUAGGGAAGUAAGAGAAGAAGUUAGGUAUCGAUACCAAAUAGAUUUUCCCAACAUGUUAUGAUGCUUCCAUCAAAAGCUUGGCAAAACAACCAUCAACCAACACGUACGUGAGUUGUAUUCAUAACAGAUGUGGGACAAUUUGGGGAUCAUCUCAUGAUUUGCCGACCAACUCACUCAUCUGCCUCAUCUGCUCCUCUGCUCAUCUGCCAGUCUUGCCAGUCUAAUGUCUGCACCCAAUGCCGAUCAAAACUUCAUUCGCAACAUGAAACUCGGCAUGGCUAGUUUGAGAGCUGAUAGGGCGUGA